AUGCCGAGAGCAAAGCAUCCACUACCAUCCUCUGCAGAAGACGAACAAUUUUAUACGGAGGAAUUCGAGAUCAGUGAGUCCGAUGACGAAGAUGCCUCUCCUCAAGCUAUGCAACAAGAAAGUCCCGUUGGAAAUGUGCUGGAGGAACCAAACGAUAUUUUAGAAUUCAAUCCGUCAAUGAACACACCUCCAUUUCAAGGAGGCCUUUUGCAAAAUAGUGAUACAGAAGACAAAAAUGACGAUAUCGAAGAUGGGGAUCUAUGGCCAUUUACCUCACUUGAGGCAAAUGAUAAGAAAAAAGUGCGCAUUUGCCGCAAACCUUUCCUGUUUGAAGAUCAGUGGACCACAGAACAGAUGACGAAAGAGGCUUUUCGCACGUUUGUACUCGAUCAAACACGUCUCCUUAUCUGGUUGGCUGAACGGCGACUGAUAGCCAACGAAUCUUACUGUCUUCAUUGCCCUCGCCCUAUUUCCAUGUUGCUUCAAAAAGAGAUCUCCCAUGGUGAUAAUUAUAAUUGGCGUUGUCGCAAAUGUAGCAAACGCGCCACACUUCGAGUCCGAUCCGUAUUUGACAAACUGAAGUCAUCUCUGGAUAUCCUCGUCUAUCUCAUGUACAUGUGGACGCAUGGUUAUUCGUUUGAGGAGAUGUGUGCCGAAACCGGUGCAUCUCCGAAUGUGAUAUCAACGUUCUUGAAUCGACUACGCGCUCAUUUGAAACGCGAAACCGAUCGACUGGAAGGCGUGAUUGAAAUUGCCGAAGGAGCCUACCUAGAUCCUCCACGAAUUUGUGCUCUGGCUGGAGUGGAACGGUUCGGCAACAAGUGUUUUUUAAUUCGAUUGCCGCAAGAACGGUGCAACCAAAAGCUACUAAUCCGAUUUAUCCGACACCGAGUGAUGCCCGGAUCCACAAUCAUCACCAGUGAUUGGCCGGGAUACAGACCACUUGGGGAUUUGCCUGAAGGUUAUGCCCAUUUGGUCGCGGAUCCGGAGAGAAACGUUACCAUACAGAAGGCGGACGAGUUGUUGGAGCAGCUAGCUAUCUUCAUUGAUGAAAUGCAAACUGACUGUCGUGAGCAGUUCAGUUCAAUUUUGGAUGAAUUUGUCUGGCGCCGAGUCUGUACCGAAGGUCGGUUAGACAAAGUUUGCUAUAUUUUGUCUCACUUGUACAACGUUUCUUGA